AUGAACAAACGUUCAUUCAAAUACGCCUGGGUGCUCGACAAACUGAAAGCCGAGCGUGAACGUGGUAUCACCAUCGAUAUCGCUCUCUGGAAAUUCGAGACCAACAAGUACUACUGCACAGUCAUCGACGCUCCCGGCCAUCGUGAUUUCAUCAAGAACAUGAUCACCGGAACCUCCCAAGCCGACUGCGCCGUCCUCAUCAUCGACUCCACCACCGGUGGCUUCGAAGCUGGUAUCUCCAAAGAUGGUCAAACCCGUGAACACGCUCUCCUCGCUUUCACUCUCGGUGUCAAACAAAUGAUCUGUUGCUGCAACAAAAUGGACGCCACCACCCCGAAAUACUCAAAAGCCAGAUACGAUGAAAUCAUGAAGGAAGUCUCAACCUACCUCAAGAAAGUCGGUUACAACCCUGACAAAAUCCCAUUCGUCCCAAUCUCUGGAUUCGAAGGUGACAACAUGAUUGAAAGGUCAACAAAUCUCGAUUGGUACAAAGGUCCAACUCUCCUCGAAGCUCUUGACCAAAUCAACGAGCCAAAACGUCCCACAGACAAACCACUUCGUCUCCCACUUCAAGACGUUUACAAAAUCGGUGGAAUUGGAACUGUUCCAGUCGGGCGGGUCGAAACCGGUAUCAUCAAACCCGGAAUGGUCGUCACUUUUGGCCCAACCGGUCUAACAACUGAAGUCAAGUCCGUUGAAAUGCAUCAUGAAGCUUUGUUGGAAGCUCUACCAGGUGACAAUGUUGGAUUCAAUGUGAAGAAUGUUGCUGUGAAGGAUAUCAAGCGUGGGUAUGUCGCUUCGAAUUCUAAAGAUGAUCCUGCUAAAGGUGCUGCGAGUUUCACUUCUCAGGUGAUUAUCAUGAACCACCCGGGUCAGAUUGGAAACGGGUAUGCUCCGGUGUUGGAUUGCCACACGUCUCAUAUCGCUGUGAAGUUUGCUGAGAUUUUGACAAAGAUUGAUAGAAGGUCUGGGAAGGAGAUUGAGAAGGAGCCGAAGUUUUUGAAGAAUGGUGAUGCUGGAAUGGUGAAGAUGAUGCCGACUAAGCCUAUGGUGGUGGAGACGUUUUCUGAGUAUCCGCCGUUGGGGAGGUUUGCUGUGAGGGAUAUGAGGCAGACGGUGGCUGUUGGUGUUAUCAAGAGUGUCGAUAAGAAGGAUCCUACUGGUGCUAAGAUCACCAAGGCUGCUGCGAAGAAGAAAUGA